GAACUAGUGCUGUCAUCGGAGCGCCUUUUUCUGAUUGGUCAACGCCUUCUCUUUUCAUCCCUCCGGAGGCUCCUACACCGCAUUUCCCUUCUCCGUAUCCAGAUAAGAAAGCGCGGCAAGAAAGUCCGAAUUCAUUCUCUGGCAAGAGAGGAUGACUCUUCUCUGGUGGUACAUGCUGGUCGUGGGAUCUGCUGGUCUUCUAGUGCUGGGGGGCCGGAACUCCUCCGGGCUGCUGGUAUCUCAAACUGACCUCGUCUCUUGGCUGGAAAAUGGGACAGAUCCACCUCUCAAGGAAAGAGAGAGACCAGCAGAGCCCCCGAUUGUGAAGGUGACGCACAAGCUGGGUCAUGGCGGACUGGAAAACUUCAUUUGUGAAGCCCACAGCUUCUACCCCAAGGAGAUCAACGUCACCUGGAGGAGGGAUGGGAAGCUCUGGAUGCAGGGAACGUACCAGGGAGGGAUCUCCCCCAGCUCGGAUGGGACCUACCACACCUGGCUCUGUAUUGAGAUCAACCCCACAGAGAAGGACCUCUACCGAUGCCACGUGGGACAUGGCAGUUUGAAAGCGCCCCUGGUCCUGGCCUAUGGGGAGCCUGUUUCUGUCUUUGUGCCUAAUGUGGGGCUUAUUGUGGGAAUCGCCUUGGGAGUCUGCGUCAUCCUGCUUGUGCCUGGGAUCAUCAUCUGCAUCACCUACAGGCAUAAAGAACAACUCUUCAUGGCAAAGGAUGCAGACAGCAGGAAGGACUUGCUGAAAUGUGGAAAGGACUUGCUAAACAUCCCAAAACACCUAUUUCCUGACCUAGAUGAGAAGGCUGCCUCCACUCCACAGAUGGAACAAAGAACAUGAUAAAACUUGGCUGUAAUCAAGUACUGAAUUUUUGCAGAUCCUACCUUUUAUGUUACUUCCUACGACAGAGAUACGCAUCCGUGGCUCUCCAGCUGUUGUUGAACUACAAUUCCCAUCAUCCCCAGCCAUCCCCAGGCUGGGGAUGAUGGGAGUUGUAAUAAUAACCUUUAGUUAUUAGGUGCCCCAUAACAAAUUGACACCCAGUUAAAAGAUAGAGCACAAAACAAAUUACAAUAUAAAAUUAAAAAUACAAAAUACUGUACAAAACACUUUAAAUCUUUUUUUAAUCAAUUUUAAAAGCCUGAGUGAACAGAAACAUCCUCACCUGGUGUCUAAAAGAACAAAGUGAUGAUGCCAGGUGAGCCUCAAUAGGGAGGCUAUUCCAGAGAUGGGGUGCCACCACCGAAAAGUCCCUCUCCCUAGUAGCCACCCACCGAACCUCUUUUGGUUGGGGCACUCGGAGCAGGGCCUCUGGGAUCUUAAGGUCUGAGUCAGGGCAUAUGGGGCAAGGCACUCGCUCAGCUAACCUGGUCCCAAGCCGUUUAGGGCUUUAAAACUUAAAACCAGCACUUUUAAUUGGCCUGGAAAUGGACCCACAGGCAAUGCGGCUGAUGAAACACUGACGUGAUAUGAUCAAAAUGUCCAGCCCCAUCUGUUUUGGACCAGCUGUGGUUCAACAACAGCUUAAGAACAAAGUUGACCACCCCUGUCCAAUGGGAUCAAUUCAUCAUCUUUAUUGUUAUGGUUGGGUUUCUGCAAAAGGAAUUCAUGUGUUGCUGCAAGCUAGAACAUGAAAAUGCUGCUGUUGUUAUGAUGAAUAGGUUUGCGGUAAAAUAAAAAUAAAAAUUGUAUGCAUUUGACACUCAGGUAUGGUUGGACAUUUCCUUCUUUCAGGUGAAAGAUCCCUAGUUAGAGACUCAAUACAUGAGGGCAACGCUGUAAGCCCAUACAUUCCCCAUGAAGCCUGAUACCGUGAGUCCAUCCAAAUCUGUGAUCUUCACUGUUUCUCCCCCCCCCCAAAAAAAACAAACCCUCAAAUGACAAUUUUUUAAAAAUCUUUAAAGACACAUCUGUUCACCCAGGCUUUUAAAAAUAAUUUUAACAUUGCUUUAAAAUAUUGUUUUAAGGUUUUAAAUUGUCAUGUUUUAACUUUUUGCUGUCAUUUAUUUUAACCAAUUUAAUUUCUCUGUUGUCAUUAUUUGUUUCAACUAAUGCUUUAACUUUUAUGUUCUCUUUUUUUGUUGUAAACUGCCCAGAGAUGUAAGUUUUGGGCAGUAUAAAAAUAUGUUAAAUAAAUAAAUGGGAGAGCUGACCUCUCUGCUGA